AUGGAGUUACUCCUUCUUGUGCCCAUACUCUGCGUUAUUCUGAUACCCACUUUGGUCAUUUUGUGCGCCAAAUGCCUGAAGAAUAAGAAAAAACCUCAAGCAAGUGAUGUGGAAAUAGGCGGUGGGGCCGGCGGAUUACGAGACGGGAAUUUGGUUGUUUUGGCCGUCGCCGGUGGUGCAGCGACAGCGGCAGUGGUUGGUAGCGGUGAUAGGGACAAGGGUAAUAAUAACAACAGUGGUGCUGCAGCAACCACUGCUACAGAUGCUGGUACGUCGUCGUCCCAGGGUUGUUGUUGCGGUGGUGAUGGUGGUGAUGGCGGUGGUUGUGGUGGUUGCGGUGGUUGUGGUGGAUGUGGCGGUUAA